AUGUCGUAUCGAUUAUUUCAAUUAUUAUUCUUAUUAGGAAUAUUUAUUAUUUAUUCAUUUGAAUGGGAUAUUGUAUUGAAUUUAGACGACAGCGAUAAACUUUUAUGUUAUUCAUGUAAAGGUAGUGAGUGUGGACAAAUAACAAAUAAUGAUGCACAUAAAAUUCUUUGCAAUAAAAGAACACAAUUAUGUUGGGCUGGUUUUAUGGAUCAUCAACCUUAUAGGACAUGUGCUAAUCGUCAUUGUACACCACAUGAUUUUUCACUUGAUAGUCAUGUUAGUAUUGAAACAUGUUGUCAUUCAGAUUUAUGCAAUUCAAUUUUACUGUCUGCGCCAACAUCAGAUAGAUCACACAAGAAAACUUCACCAUGGACUGUUACUGAGACAUCUUCUAGUACACGAACAGUGUCAACCACCAGCACAUAUAUAAAGAAACAUACAACAACGACAGAUUCAUACAAGGAUGAAGACGAAGAUGAAAAUGGUUCUAAAUUAAAACUCAACAAAAGUGAUCCGAAUAGUUUUGGUGUUAAUUGGGAACGUCUAUCAUAUGAUAAAGGCUUUAGUAAUCGCAUAGCAUCAAUAAGUAGUAUUCUACUUUUUUUAACGCCACUUUUAUUAGUUAUAAUUUUGUAA